AUGGUGAUUCUACAUUUAAACCGUGCUAAGUUGCUGAACAUUGGCUUUGUUGAGGCUUUGAAAGAAUAUGACUAUAACUGCUUUGUCUUCAGUGAUGUUGAUCUCAUUCCAAUGGAUGAUAGAAACAUCUACAAGUGCUACAACCAACCAAGACACCUCUCUGUAUCAAUGGAUAAGUUUGGGUUUGGGUUACCAUACACCCAGUAUUUUGGAGGGGUGUCUGCUUUAAGCAGAGAGCAGUUUGAAAGAAUCAAUGGAUUUCCAAACAAUUAUUGGGGAUGGGGUGGAGAAGAUGAUGAUAUAUACAAUCGGUAUGAUAUAUAUUUAAAUUAUUCAUAUGGUUUAACACCUUACGUUCCGGCCUAUAGCAGAUUGAUGGAUGGGCAGGACAUUCCUCCUUCUGAAUGGACGUCAUAUGACAUCCUCUGA